CAGCUGAGACCUCAGCAGUCGCCUCAAGAGAUUUGAAGCAGGUAAUUCGACAAUUUCCUUGGCUGUGUUGUGUUCAAGCUCCUAAAUACUUGUGUCACAUCUUCGCGCCGUAUUUUUUGGACUGGAAUUGUUUCAAGGAAGACGGUGGAGAAUACUGUCCACUAACAACCAUGGCUUCUCCUCUUGCUCACGAAUCAAUUUGGUAUGAGAAGUCGAAAUAUGAAGCAGCAGAGAGGCAGUAUUAUGAAAAGCUAGCAAAGCUGCUCACAACCUUUAAGCUGGCUGAUCACAAAGACCUGGUGUGCUCCGAUAUGUCGAAAGUAGUGGAAACUUCCACAAACCAUGUCAAUGACAGCAACACGAACUCUGCCGUGAGCAGAGAUGAGAAGCGCUCAAAGAAAGAGAAAAAGAUCAAGAAGGAGAAGAAAGAUAAGGAGCUUAAGAAAGAGCAGAAAAAUGUCACCUUCACUCAAGACAACAAACAAAGUUAUGUUGAAAACUCAGGUUGGAACAGCAAGCUGAAGGGCAAACCCAAUGGUGUUAACUCUGAAGUGAAGGGGUAUUCUUCAGUGGCUGUGAAGGGAACUGAGCUUCCAUUCAACACUGUUGGAAACAACAUUCUGUGUCAAGUUGGCAAUAACCACAUUGAGACUAAAAAUGCAUCUUCUAACUCACCUAUGAAACAAUCUUUGGCAAGUGAGGUUGCGAAGGCUCGUCAACAUAUUAAACAAUCUCUUGAAUGUCAGAGAGAAGAGAUGGACGGUAUUGCUGCCAUGGCUGGAAGCAGUGUGGAACUUAUUAAUAGGAUAAAUGGAUUGGAGAAGGAGAAUGCUUCCCUUCACAAAGUCGUCGCUGACCUUAAGAAUCUUGUUAUAAGUUUGGAUGGCCGUGUCAAAUCUCUUGAAGGAGGAAAGCCUGCUGCAGUCUCUGCUCCCAAGGUCUCAAAGAAAGAAGAGGAAGACGAUGAUGGGGUUGACCUAUUUGGCUCAGAUUCAGAGGAUGAGGGUGAAGAGGCAGCAAAGGUUAGAGAGGCACGAUUGGCAGCUUAUGCUGAAAAGAAAUCAAAGAAACCUGCUCUUAUUGCCAAGUCGAACAUCAUUCUCUCAGUUUCUCCCUGGGAUGAUGAAACAGACAUGAAGAAGAUGGAAGAAUGUGUACGAACAAUCGAAAUGGAUGGUCUUCUUUGGGGUGCUUCUAAAUUGGUGCCAUUAGCCUAUGGUAUUCAUAAACUUCACAUUUCCUGUGUUGUUGAAGAUGAUAAGGUUUCUAUUGACCUUCUCCAAGAAAAGAUCCAAGACUUUGAAGAUUAUGUUCAGAGUGUUGAUAUUGCUGCCUUCAACAAAGUUUGAUUCCAAGUCUUAAAUGCAAUGAAAUUUUUAAAAGAUUUACUGCCUCUUUGUUGUAAUAUUUAAAUCCCUGAAUUAAACCUCUCAACUAUUUAA